CUAUAUUCUGGCCCAUACUCCGGAGAACGUAAAUACUUGUAUUUACUUGUAUUUACAUUCUCUGAAUCAUAAGCAUUACAAUAUUUUGCAAAAAAAUUAUUAUUAUUUUUUUUUAAAAUGGUGGUUCCUGUGCCCAAUCCCACAAAAGAUUUGAUUUUUAAACUUAUGGACGAAAAGGAGAAGGUUGAAGGAAAAAUAUCUGAGUAUGGCCGAAUCUUAGAAAAUAAUGCUAAUGUUGGUAUGGAUGGACCCUUGAUUGAUGCUGAAGGAUUUCCCAGGAAUGACAUCGACGUCUACCAAGUACGACAGGCGCGUCAACAAAUUAUUUGUCUCCAAAAUGACUAUAAAACACUUUUGAAGGAGAUAGAAAGGCAAAUGCACAAAUUACACUCGGAGACCGCGCCAGAACAAUCCGAAGAAAUAUCACAACAAGCAGCGAACAUGCAAUUAGAAGAAGAAAGUCAAAUGCCUCACACUAGUAAUAUGUUCACAAACUCAUCGCCAGCGGUAUCGGGAUUAGCGGAGGCUUUAGUGAAAGUCGAUAUGAUAAGUCCUGGCUCUCCUGCUGAGGAAUCUGGAUUGCGUGUGGGUGACGAGAUAUUGGAGUUCGGCACAGUUAACUCCUCCAAUUUUCGAAAUGAUAUAAGUCAAAUUGGGGAUCUUGUGCGUCAUAUGCAAAAUAAGAGAGUUCCAUUGAGAGUUCAACGUUUCGGCCAAAGAUUAGAUUUAAUACUAAUUCCCAAAUUAUGGAGUGGUCGUGGUUUAUUGGGUUGUAACAUUGUUUUACCCAAAUAGGUUAAUAACUUUCCAAAUUUAUUGUACAUAUGUAUGCACACCGUUUAUAUCUUGUGUUGAGAUGUUGAUAUGCAUAAGUAUAUAUCCACUUACAUACUGUCGAUGCAUAGGAAUUCGGACGCGUAAAAUAAACCAUUUAACCAAUGAACUAGACACCUACGCGAGGAUGAGUUAUUUCAUAUGCAUCGGCGGUAUAUGGAACGGAUAACGAUUGUAAGAGAUAUUACGGUUUUAUAAAAUAUGUACGUAUAAAAUAUUUUCAGACAAUAGAUUGAAAAAGGAACAAAACUAA